AUGCUGCUUUUUCAUCCUGGGGUGUUGGUGUUCGCCUCGGUCGCAUCUGCCUCAAUCGACUUUUCGAGUCUUCCAUCUCAUCCACGAUUGAUGUUCACCGAUGAACGGGUCCAAGCGGUCCUAUCAAUGAACGAAACAGAUUUGUACUAUCAAGAUGUUCUCGGAUAUUUGAAGAAGACAGCGGUGACUGCCAUCGCAACGCCCCUGUCGCUAUCAUCAGCAAGCUCUUGGUCUAGUACCAUUCGAAUGAAUGUCGGUGCAACAGCAGGCAUGUACCGACUGACCAAUGACACUGCUUAUUCUGAAUGGGUUAUUGAAACAAUCCUGACGGUAGCCAAUCUCUCCGACUGGGACCCAUCAAAUUUCUUGAACACGGCAGAUAUCACAAUGACGGUCUCCUUGGGCUAUGACUGGGUAUAUGAUGAAUUGACCGAAAAUCAGCGUAAGACGAUUGAGGCAGCAAUAUCCGAAAAGUCUUUUGUGCCAGCUCUCAAUUCCUCAAUCAACUCUUGGAGUGAGCAUACAAACAACUGGGCACAGGUGACGCAUGGAUGCUUGAUAAUUGGUACCCUGGCCAUAGGAGAUAUCAAUGCAACUAUUGCAACCCAAGUCAUAGAUUUCUCCUUGCCCAAAUUAAACGUCUCCUUGCAGCAGUAUGCACCAGAUGGGGGCUGGGUCGAGGGAUAUUCAUACGGAACAUAUGCAGGCAUAUUCCUGGGUUUGAUGAUGGGCUCUUUGGACAGUGCUCUCGGGAACGACCUUGGCAUCUCAAGUCUUCCAGGAAUGGGAAACCUAGGCGCUUGGUUGACACACGGAUUUGGUCAAACAGGGGGGUUCAGCUGGGCCGACGGAGCGUGGACUUUUUCCAAUGCGAACAGUUUGUGGAGUAUUGGGUAUUGGGCGACGCGAUUUAACCAGGCCGGAUGGUUACAGGGUAUGCUGUCGAAAUUUACUACUGCUGAAGCAGCAACCUUCCAGGCAUUUCUCUUCUAUAAUGCCACUCUGAAUACGACCAAUGUCUUGUCUGGCAUACCUCGUUAUAACCAGUUUGAGAACGUUGCGGGAAUGACUUACCGCACCUCAUGGAAGAACUCAGAUGGCUGGUUUUAUGGGUUUAUCGGGGGCUAUAAUGGGCGUUCUCACGGUCACUUGGACGCAGGCUCCUUCGUCGUAGACUACAAGGGCUACCGAUGGGCCGAGCUUUUGGGAUCCGACAGUUACAGUCUCACCAAUUACUUCACUGCGCCGCGACGUUGGACCUAUUAUCGCUGUCGUUCCGAAGGGGCGAAUACCCUGAGCAUUUCGAACCGAACUCAGACCGCACUGCAUUUUGCGAAUCAGAUUCCGUCCGCAAAUAACUCCCUCAUCCGAGUGGGUAGUUUCGAUUCAUCCAGCCGCUUUGGUAUCGCGAACCUAACAGAGGCAUACGCCAAUGUCUCAACCAGCGUACUGCGCGGGGUGGCGGUUCUCGAUGAUUCGCAGUUCUUUGUCCGAGACGAAAUCAUUGCCCCCGACGCCGUGGACAUUGCUGCUAGUUGGCAUACGACUGCAAACGUAAGCCUUGGUGCGGACAAUCGUACUGCAUUUUUGACCCAAGGUGAUAUCACGAUGGAUAUCACGUUGAUGCUACCGUCAAAUGCCUACCUUGAACUCGUCGACACAAAUCCCUGUAACGCCUAUAGCGGGUGUUCUGAGAUGACCAACAGCGGGAUAAACAACGUGGCUGUUCGAUUGCCGAACCUGACCACCAAUGUUACGAUUCUGUUGGCUCUGACAGAGAGUGGUACAAUGCCCAAGAAGUUCAAUACAUCGUUAAACUCUUGGUAUUCCAUGUGUACCAUGGAUUGCUGGAAGGGAGAAAAUGUGGAAGAUCCAUAUUGGCUUCGAAAUGCCGAAGUAUAUUAUUGA